AUGGCUUUAGAUCGUGAAGUUCAAUGGAAAAUAUCUCAAAAACGUGAUCCAGAAAUUGAGAAACAAGCUCAAGAUUGGAUUGAAGCUGUUGUAGGAGAAAAAUUUCCAACCGGAUCGUCUUUUGGUGAAGCACUUAAGGAUGGUAUUAUUUUGUGCAAAUUGAUGAAUGUUCUUAAACCAGGAUCUGUUACGAAAAUGCACACAACUGGUGGCCCAAUUAAAUUACGUGAAAAUAUUGGUCUAUUUCAAACUGCUGCACGUGCCUAUGGUCUUGAUCCAAGCGAAGUAUUUCAAGCUGUUGAUCUAUUCGAUCAACAAAAUCUACAACAAGUGGCGCUUUGCGUUCAUGCAUUAGGACGAUUGGCACAGAAAAAUAAUUUUAGUGGGCCUAAAAUAGCUACAUUGAAACCACCUACUAUUCAUGAUUAA